AUGUCUCAAACGCACACAAUCCUAUUAUUACAAUCGACAAGUAAAUUAGAUUCACGUACAUAUAGUGAUUAUGAAACGGUUGAUGAGUGUUUAGAUGGUAUAUGUAAAGUAUUUGAAGAACAUUUAAAAAAGCGUAACCCAAUGUCACCAUCAAUAACCUAUGAUAUAUCCGAAUUAUUUGAGUUUAUUGAUCAAUUAUCCGAUUUAUCAUGUUUAUGUUUUCAAAAACCAACGGGUACAUAUAAACCACACAAUAAAGAAUGGAUUAAACAAGAAAUAUUUCAGUUAUUAAGAAAACAAGCUGCUGGUGCAAAAUAA